AUCGAUAGUCCCGAUAGUGCCGUCACUAAUUCCGUCUUUUGUGUCUUUUUCUUAAACAAGAUGGUGAAUGUACCAAAACAACGCCGCACUUUCUGCAAAAAGUGCAAAGUGCAUAAGCUGCACAAGGUAACGCAGUACAAGAAGUCCAAGGAGCGCAAGGGCGCCCAGGGUCGUAGACGUUACGACAGGAAACAGCAGGGUUUCGGUGGUCAAACUAAGCCCAUCUUCAGAAAGAAGGCCAAGACCACCAAGAAAAUUGUGCUGCGUAUGGAAUGCACUGAGUGCAAAUAUCGCCAGCAGACACCCCUGAAGCGUUGCAAGCACUUCGAGUUGGGUGGUGACAAGAAGCGCAAGGGACAGAUGAUUCAGUUCUAAGCACUCCAAGGCACCAACUCACGCUCUUUUUUCUAAUCGGAAGUGUUUUUAAGUUGUUUUCAUCGACCUGCCACAAGUGGGGAAAAUAAAACAAAUUGUAGACGUAAA